UAUUCUUCCCAUAGCCGCCACCCACUGCAUAAAAGCUGGAAGUUACAGGCAAGAACGCCAAGCUUCGCCUUGAAGAAUUUACCGAUACUGGCAUUAGGUGCGGAGCUGGUGUAGCUUAUUGAUUUGCCUGACAAUCAGUUAUGGGAAGCUCUUGACAACUGAGAGCGUGUGCGGCCGCAAAAUGUGACGAAUAGUACGCAGAUAAAAACAAUACAUUAUAUAUAUAUAUAUAUGUUUUAAAUAUGUAGUUUAAAGAGACGUUUCUGUAAAAUAUUUAUUCAUAUCACCAUGCAGCCGUAAACUUCAACUCCUUCGAAGUGGAUGUGUAUUUUCAGCUUCAACACUUAGUUUGAACAAGAUGGAAGUUAUCACACCAUAAACGUUCUGCGGUGACUGACGAGAUGGGAAAAUGGGAGAUAUCAAUGAACCCAGUGCAGGAGUGGGGGGAGGAGUUUGAGGAGGGGGCGUUGUAUGGGAUCACCCUGCGUCGGGAGCCCGUCCAGAUACCAGCCAGCCCCACCGAGGCCCGGCCAUGCGUUGCCUUCGUCCAGUACCGAACCUGCAAGGUGCGCAGGCUGAAGGCUGCCACCCUGAACCGGCUGGUGAGCCACCUCCUGGACCCCUGCUGCCAGGAGCCCGACUACAGACGGAUCUUUCUGUCCACCUACCAGACUUUCACCACUACCAGUGCACUCAUUGAGCUCCUCUUCCAGAGGGAUAAUGGGGCUUCAGACGUGUACAACAGUGAAUGUCACAGGAGGCGUCUGUUGCCCCUGAUCCAGACUUGGUUGGAGGAGUACAGUGAGGACUUCCGGGAUCCUCCUCAGCACCCCUCCCUAAGGCUGCUGUUGGACCACCUGCACAGCCUGUCCUCCCUCUGUUCACUGGCCCAGCGCUCUGAAACUCUGCUUAAGAAGUUCCAUAGAGAAGAAAUGGAUACUGGUGGCCAUUCUUCCCAGGCUGAGGUUAAUCAGGAAGAUGAGGGCUCAGGGGAGGAAGUCCUAGAAUGGGACAGCCCACUGGAUCAGGGUGACAUCAUGGACUUCUCAGUCACAGGCAUCGCAGAACAGCUCACCCGACUGGACGCUGGGCUGUUUGGGAAGGUGGUUCCCUACCAGUGUCUGGGCUGUGUGUGGUCCCAGAGAGACAAGAAGGAGAACCUGUCUGCUACCGUCAGCGCCACCAUUGCCCAGUUUAAUGAAGUCACCAACCGAGUUAUCACCUCCCUGCUCUGCCGGCCCACCUCCAGCCCCACUUCCGUCCACAGGGCCUCCAGCCCAGCUCAGAGGGCCUGUGUCAUUGAGAAGUGGAUCAGAGUAGGACAGGAGUGUCGGCAGCUGAAGAAUUUCUCCUCUUUGAGGGCCAUCCUGUCUGCCCUUCAGUCCAAUGCUGUCUACAGGCUGAGGAAGACAUGGGCGGCUGUGUGUAGGGACAGCGUGGCCAUCUUUGAUAACCUCUGUGAAACCUUCCCUGAUGAGAACUGUGUGUUGAGCAACAGAGAGAUCAGUGUGGAGGAUGGAAGCCAAACAGCCAUGGAUAACAUUUCUCCCAAGAUAUCCAAGCGAUGUCCUAUUGCCAGACAGAUGAGCACCUCCGGUGGGGUGGUACCUUACCUGGGCACUUACCUGACUAUCCUCACAAUGCUGGACACUGCUCUACCAGAUACUGUGGAGGGGGGCCUCAUAAACUUUGAAAAGAGGAGGAGGGAGUUUGAGAUUCUCUCUCAGAUCCGGCAGCUCCAAGCCUCCUGCUCUCAGUACAACCUGCCCCAUCACACCAGGAUCACUGCCUGGUUGCAGGGCCAGAAGCUGCUCACUGACCAGGAGAGCUAUGAACUGUCCAGAAACCUGGAGCCUCCAAUAGACCUCUGCUCCCCAAGCGCCUGGAGCCACCGUUUGCUCAGCAAGAAACUGUCCUCACUCCUGAAAGUGAGUGAGGGAUCCAGCAGGAAAACCCAUGCAGACCAGAUCAGUGUGUCGUCUUCAGGGUCCAGUGGCUCUGAGAUGGAGGAUCUCUCCACCCCUCCCUCCACACUCAGACUGCAGUCUCUGUCCAGCUCCUGUCAAAAUGUGGCGGAGGCCUUACCCUCCUCCCCGGAUGGCUCCACUCCCUCCAGUUGUUCCACCAGUUCUCAGCCUGACCUCUCUGCUCCAGUGGCUGCCAACCCUAAACCCAUGCUGGCCUCUCGUCACAAGCGCUCUGUGUCCAUGACCUCCCUCCCCCUCUACAAUAGACAGGUGGCUGACUCCUGUAUAGUGAGGGUCAGUGUGGAGGCUGGCAACGGCAACAUGUACAAGAGCAUCCUGCUGACUAGUCAGGACAAAACUGCCCAGGUGAUACAGAGGGCCCUGGAAAAACACAACCUGGAGCACCUGACCUGUCAAGACUUCACCCUCACACAGUUGAUCUCCCAGGAAAGAGAGUUGCUCAUUCCGGACAAAGCUAACGUCUUCUACGCCAUGUGCACGUCGGCCAACUUUGACUUUGUUCUGCACCAGUGUCCACUGGGUCAAAAGAAACCUCUGUGCGCUACUUCCAGCCUUGGACGUUAUUCAAAGUAGACACCGUUCUAUGGCAAUGAUGAGUAACUGCAAACCAGGACUUCAAAGGAUUUUGUACAGACAUUUUGCUGUUUUGUUUUUAAUAACUUUCUUUUAUGACAAAAAUCAUGUUUAAAUGUUCCAUGAUGGACAGACCCCUGCUUGGUUUGUUGUCAAGUGGGUGCCAUGAGAGGAACAGGUGGAAGAUGAUAGUAUGAUGGCACGUCAUGUAAAAUACACGUGUGGUGUCUAUACGUCUGAAGACAACAGA